AUGGGGAGCCUAACCUCAUGCGCCCGGCCGGAGGAGGAGGAAGAGCAAGAAAAGCAGCGCUCCUGUCACGGUGCCUUUGAUCUCUACUUCAUCCUGGAUAAGUCUGGAAGUGUCAGAAAUCAUUGGACUGAGAUUUACUCUUUUGUGGAAAGUCUAGCAGAGAAGUUCAUAAGUCCAAUGUUGCGGAUGUCUUUCAUCGUGUUUUCUUCACGAGGCACUACAAUCAUGAAACUAACAGAAAACAGGGAAGCCAUAAGACGAGGACUCGACAUUCUUCAGUAUGAAGUGCCUGGAGGAGACACAUUCAUGCAUGAAGGAUUUAAAAGGGCAAAUGAGCAGAUUUACCAAGAAACCUAUGGAGGAGUUCGGACCGCUAGCGUGAUUAUUGCUCUGACGGAUGGAGAAUUGCAAGAUGUUCAGUUUUAUUAUGCAGAACAAGAAGCCAACAGGGCCAGAAGCUUUGGAGCUAUUGUUUAUUGUGUUGGAGUGAAAGAUUUCAAUGAAACUCAGCUGUCAACAAUUGCUGACAGCAUCGAUCAUGUUUUUCCAGUUACGGGAGGCUUUUAUGCCCUGAGAGGAACCAUUGAUUCAAUACUCAAGAAAUCUUGCAUUGAGAUCCUAGCAGCUGAACCAUCAAGUGUUUGUGCAGGAGAAUCAUUUCAAGUUGUGGUAAGAGGCAAUGGCUUUUAUCAUGCAAGAAAUAUCGACCAGGUACUCUGCAGCUUCAAGCUCAACGACAGCCUUACUAUCAAUGAAAAGCCGACCCUUGUUCAAGAUACUUACUUACUUUGUCCUGCACCAGUGAUAGAAGAUGCUGGACAGGUGGUUUUCCUACAAGUCAGCAUGAACAACGGGCUAACAUUCAUCUCCAGCUCUGUCAGCAUCACCAGCACACAGUGUCUGACUGGGACCGUCCUUUUUAUUGCUCUCCUGAUUCUGUUUCUGCUGCUGGCUCUGGCUCUUCUGUGGUGGUUUUGGCCCCUUUGCUGCACGGUGGUGAUCAAGGAGCCGCCGCCGCCACCACCUCCAGAGCCUGAAUCAGAUGAUGAAGACGGAUUGCCAAAGAAAAAGUGGCCAACCGUGGACGCAUCUUAUUAUGGAGGUCGAGGUGUUGGUGGGAUUAAGAGGAUGGAGGUGCGAUGGGGAGACAAGGGCUCAACAGAGGAAGGAGCAAAAUUGGAGAAGCCCAAAAAUGCUAUUAUUAAGUUGCCUGAACAGGAGUAUGAGCCAUGGGAACCCAAGCCGAAAAAGCCCCAUGUGAGAAAACCACCUUCCCAGCAGAAAUGGUAUACUCCGAUCAAGGGCAAACUUGAUGCACUGUGGGCUUUGGUUCGACGAGGCUAUGAUCAAGUCUCUCUUAUGAGACCACAGCCAGGGGAUAAGGGAAGAUGCAUAAACUUCACUCGGGUGAAAUCAGAUGGAACCUCUGCCCCUUACAGCCCACCACCGAAGUUGCCACGGCCUGACAAUGUUCCUCUCAACAACUCUCCAAGGAAUUUGUCUCCUCCUGUGUCUCUGCAGCCUCCUUCUAGGCAGCCACCUCCUGGACCACCCCCAUCCCGAGCCCCUCCUGGACCUCCUCCUUCGCGCCCACCCCCACAGCCCAUGGCUUAG